UGUGCUGCCACCGGCCGCCUUGCACAGCCCCCGCAGGGAGGAUGUCUUAGUGGUCCUAGGCCAACACUUCUUCAACCAAACAACGGACGUAACACAGACGUUUGGCAUCGAGAAGUAUAUCCCGUACCCCAUGUACUCAGUGUUCAACCCCAGUGACCAUGACCUGGUGUUGAUCCGGCUGAAGAAGAGGGGGGACCGCUGUGCCGUCCGCUCCCAGUUCGUCCAGCCUAUCUGCCUGCCUGAGCCCAGCAGCCCCUUCCCCGCUGGACACAAGUGCCAGAUUGCGGGCUGGGGCCACCAGGACGAGAACGGCAGUGGCUACUCCAGCUCCCUGCGGGAGGCGCUGGUCCCUCUGGUCGCAGACCACAAGUGCAGCAGCCCGGAGGUGUACGGGGCUGACAUCAGCCCCAGCAUGCUGUGUGCCGGCUACUUCGACUGCAAGUCCGACGCCUGCCAGGGUGACUCGGGCGGGCCCUUGGCCUGUGAGAAGAACGGCGUGGCCUACCUGUAUGGCAUCAUCAGUUGGGGCGACGGCUGUGGGAGGCUUAAUAAACCUGGUGUCUACACGCGUGUGGCCAAGUACGUGGACUGGAUCAAAGACCGGAUAUGGCCCCCUAAGCGGCCUGCAGAUCCCUCCUGAGACAGCCCCCACCUCUGGGUUGGGCAUCCUGCCUCCCCACGGUUCCCAGACUCAUAACAAUAAAGAUGCUUCCAAGAACCCCGCCCA